AUUCCCAGCCGUAAAACAAAUUUGAGAAAGCAACAGGUCAUUUCUAAAAAUAACAACAUCAAAAUAGACGCACGUCGAAUGUUCAACUAAAAUGUUUUUUGUUUAAAAUGAAAUGUUCAAAUGACGUGCAAGAUAAAAUUCAAAGUUUCGGUUUCUAACAAUACAAAAUAAAAAGUGAAAAUGUCGCGACACGACAAAACAAAGUCAAGUGGUAUUCUGGAUAGUUUAUUCGGUCGGCCCAAAUCCAAGGGAAAAGUGUACACAUCAAAUAAUGGAGGGCGACCGAUAUCUUUGGAAUCGGAGGCAAUGCCAGACAUGCAGGAAAUUACAAACGAAAUAUACAAACUUACAUCGUCCGAGGUUGACCAAAAAUUUAUGGAAAUGUUGGAGGAUUGGAACAUCCCAAAGAACAAAAGACAGCCGUUGCUAUUGAAGAGUAUCGACGAAAAGCGGGACAUGUUAAUUAUGCAAGUAAAAGGUCAGACAUCUGUCGAACAACGGUCGUCGCGAUUCGAGAAACCUCAGGACUACAUCAAUUAUUUUCGUGACAGUGAUCAACACAGUCCGCACAAAAUACUGCAAUGCUUGGAAAGUCUUCGUGUCGCCCUAACCAGCAAUCCAAUCAGCUGGAUCAGAGAUUUCGGCGAAGACGGUAUCGAUGUCAUCGUCACUGUGCUGCAGAGGUGUAGGAAGUUUAAAAACGCCGAUUUCGACAAAAUCGAAUUGGAGUGCAUCAGAUGUUUGAAGGCUGUGGUCAACAAUACGUGGGGAUUGAAUCUUGUUCUAACGCCCGAAUCGCAUGCAGCUGUUAUAUCGCUAGCAAAGUGUUUAGAUUCGAAAAAGCCAAACACAAUGGUCGAAGCACUGCGACUGUUGGCUGGAUUUUGUUUGGUAACCGAUCGAAACGGUUACGACAAAGUGCUACGCGCUAUAUCAAUAUCGGCCGAUAAAAGUGGCGAACGAUUCCGGAAUAUUGUCGAAGGUUUAUUCGUUGAAGCCGAUAAGGGUGACACGAAACGCGAUGUGUGUUGCCACAGUUUGAUAUUCAUAAAUACCAUAACGAAUUCACCAAGCGACCUAAACUUUCGGUUUCAUUUGCGGUGCGAAAUCAUGCGGAUGGGACUGCACGAACGACUCGACUUCCUGACGGAUGACGUGAACAAUAGUAAUAACGACAAUUUGAAGAAACAUUUUAAAAUUUUCAACGAAAUACGCGAAGAUGAUUUCGAGGAGCUUAGUCAGCGGUUUGAUAGUGUGCGCUUGGAAUUGGACGAUAUGAACGAUUGCUUUGAAGUACUUAAGAACUUGGUAGCCGAUUCGCCCAGCGAGCCAUACUUUUUGUCCAUUUUACAGCAUUUACUAUUCAUAAGAGACGAUAACCAGUAUCGAGUGGCGUAUUUUCAACUCAUCGAGGAAUGUGUGUCACAAAUCGUGCUAAACAAGAGUGGUUGUGAUCCGAAUUUCGAGAAUCGAAAUUUCCAUAUUGACACCGAGGUACUGCUGGAAGAUUUGGUGGAAAAGACGAAGGCAAACGAAAUAUUGAAAGCGGAAGAGUACGAGAAGAAAUUAGAACUCCUAGAAAUCCAUAAACAAGAAGCCGAAGCCAGGGCCGCAAAUCUGGAGGAAAAGAUAAAGCAUUUCGAAGCGACUGGCGUGAUGCCGAAAACAUCGAAAUUGCCUCAAUUGCCUGCUGGAACUGUAAUAGGUCCACCGCCACCACCAAUGCCUGGAAUGGCUCCACCUCCACCUCCAAUGCCUGGAAUGGGUCCAUGUCCACCACCAAUGCCUGGAAUGGGUCCACCUCCACCGCCAAUGCCUGGAAUGGGUCCACCUCCACCGCCAAUGCCUGGAAUGGGUCCACCUCCACCACCAAUGCCAGGAAUGGGUCCACCUCCACCGCCAAUGCUUGGAAUGGGUCCACGUCCACCAUUCCCAACCGGAUUGAUGCCAGCUCCUCUUCCACACGGCAUGAAACCGAAGAAGAAAUGGCAGGUUGACGGUCCAACGAAACGAGCCAAUUGGAAAGCCAUCGUACCUCAGAAAAUGUCGGAGAAAGCGUUUUGGGUGAAGUGUCAGGAGGAGAAAUUGGCUGCCGACGACAUUUUUGCUAGUCUUGCAACGAAAUUUUCAUCGAAACCCAUUAAAAAGGAAGAGAAGGACAGCACAGACAAACCGGUAUCGACAAAGAAAAACGUAAUCGACCUGCGAGUACUCGACGGCAAGACCGCACAAAAUCUGUCCAUCAUCCUGAGCGGUUCGCUGAAACACUUAUCGCAUUCACAAAUCAAAACGUCUCUACUUAAGUGCGACACCGAUGUAUUAAGUUCGAACGUUCUUCAGCAACUCAUUCAACUGCUGCCAACUGCCGAUCAGCUGAAGAAACUGCAAGAUGUAAAGAAAACUGGAGCUGAACUUUCCAUGGCGGAAGAUUUUGCUGCGACGUUAGGUGAAAUCAAACGACUUGGUCCGCGGUUGCACAGUCUCAAUUUCAAGCUCAGUCUACCGGAUAUGAUUCAGGAUGUGAAGCCGGACAUUGUGGCUGGAACGGCAGCCUGCGAGGAGGUGAAAAAUAGUAAAAAAUUCUCCAAAGUUCUGGAGUUGAUUUUGCUGUUUGGCAAUUAUUUGAAUACGGGCUCGAAGAAUGGUGAGGCGUACGGCUUCGAAAUUGGAUAUCUAACGAAACUAACGAACACUAAAGACUACGAAAAUAAGCAGACACUUUUGCACUUUAUCGUCGAUACAAUCGAAACCAAAUUUCCAGAUGCUUUAACAUUCCACGAAGAUCUGUCGCACGUUACGAAAGCGGCCAGAGUUAGUUUAGAAAACAUACAAAAGACAAUGCGACAAAUGAACACGUCGCUCAAAAAUCUCGAAUCCGAUUUGAACAACAACAAAGUUCCCCAGUCAGAUGACGAUAAAUUCGCCGAUGUAAUGGACGAUUUUGCCGUGCAGGCACGCCAACAAAUUGAAGUGCUCGGCAAAAUGCAAACACAAAUGGAGAAUCUGUUCAAAGAUCUGGGCGAAUAUUUCUCAUUCGACGUCAACAAGUACACAAUGGAAGAGUUCUUCUCGGACAUCAAGACAUUCAAGGACCUGUUCAUCCAAGCAUACAAAGACAAUGUGAAAAUCCGAGAAGAGGAAGAAAAGAAUCAACGGAUGCGCGAGGCGAGGGAACAAGCUCAACGAGAUUUGCAGGACCGACAGCAACGCAAACUGGCGUUGGUCGACAUGGAUGCGGCUCACAAUCAGGAAGGUGUCAUGGACAGUUUACUGGAAGCAUUGCAAACGGGAUCGGCGUUCGGCAAUCGGGAGCAUAGACGAAAACCGCGAGGCCAUCAUCUGAAGCGGGAGGAAUUGCGAGCACAAUUGAGUCGUAGUCGAUCGAGGACACGGCUGACACCGGGCGUACUCGUUACAAGAGAAAUGAUGUCCAACGAAAUGUUAGCUUCUUAGCGAACGGUGAUUUUCAUUUUAACGGCUAAAGUUUCUUCGUUUCUUUCUUUUCGAAUCAUUUUUUGUACAUAGACCAAAUGUUUGAAGCAAAAACCGAAAAUUUCCAAAACUUUUUUUACGAAAUGUAAAUUUAAACGAAAACGGGACUAAUUUUAUGAAAUAAAAUUAGUGAUCAUCAUCGAUACAUACAAACGAAAUUGUUACAGUGACUGCGACGGUUUACAAUAUUAUAUUUGCUAACUAAUAUCGACCUAACUUGUGCUUCCAACAAAGCCGGUAGAGAAAAUAUAAAUUUGUCGCUACAAAUUAA